AUGAACCGCAGCCAUAGACACACCUCGGCAUGGCUCGCUCAACGUGGCUCAACAGGAACAGGAAGUAGCUGCUCAAUCGCCGGUCGCUGGUCGGCCACAGAUUGUUCACGUGACGCUGUUGGAGUCAAAUCACUGCAAUAUGCAGAUGAUUUGGUAAUCUAUACUUCUAUCAAGAACGUUGUUUCUGUAAGUGAUAUGCUACAACAGGCUAUCAACAAUGUAUGUCUUUUCUUAAAAAACAAGGGCCUGGAGUUGUCCCCUACUAAAUCUAAUCUUCUCAUAUUCUCCAAAAAUAAAAUAGUGCAGGAUUCUAACGUCUCUUUUAAAAUACAAAAUUCAGAAAUUUUAAGAGUUAAAUACGCCAAAUUCUUAGGCUUCUGGCUAGAUGAAGAGCUUACUGGCAAAGUACAUUAUCAAUUUUUAGUUAGCAAAUGUCGCAAGCUAGUGGACAUUAUUUCAGCCUUGGCUGGACUUUGGUGGGGAUCACAUUCUCAGCUUCUAAUAAACAUUUAUCGAGCCAUAAUCCGAAGCGUGCUGGAGUACGGAUAUUUGUCGUUUGCAUACAAAGCUAUUAGAGUUGCACUAGGCUACAGGGGCUCCACACCAAUUAACGUCGUGUUAAGUGAAGCCAGGGAACCAACUUUGGUCGCUAGAUUCAACUUUCUAACCAUCAAGUUCAUCAACAGCCUGCAAGAGACUGCAAUCCAAUAA